AUGAAGCUCCUAUGUUUGGUGGCCGUGGUCGGGUGCUUGCUGGUGCCCCCAGCUCAAGCCAACAAGGUGAGGGAGGUGAGACAGCAGCACCUCUUGCACGACCACCCCCUGAUACGCUUUUUCUUCCAGAGCUCUGAAGAUAUCCGUUGCAAAUGCAUCUGUCCACCAUAUAGAAACAUCAGUGGGCACAUUUACAACCAGAAUGUGUCACAGAAGGACUGCAACUGCCUGCACGUGGUGGAGCCCAUGCCAGUGCCCGGCCACGACGUGGAGGCCUACUGUCUUCUGUGCGAGUGCAAGUAUGAAGAACGCAGCACCACCACCAUCAAGGUUACCAUUGUCAUCUACCUGUCAGUGGUGGGGGCCCUCUUGCUCUACAUGGCCUUCCUGAUGCUGGUGGAUCCUCUCAUUCGAAAGCCGGAUGCAUACACCGAGCAGCUGCACAAUGAGGAGGAGAACGAGGAUGCUCGCUCUGUGGCAGCCGCCACUGCCUCCCUUGGGGGCCCUCGAGCAAACACAGUCCUAGAGCGUGUGGAAGGCGCCCAGCAGCGGUGGAAGCUGCAGGUGCAGGAGCAGCGGAAGACCGUCUUCGAUCGGCACAAGAUGCUCAGCUAGAUGGGCCGACGAGGUUGGGUCAAGGACCAGAGGCCACGGCCGCCAGCUUCUGGGGCUGGAUGGAGCCAGAUGCCC